AAUGCUGAGGGGCUCUCCUAUUCGGGGGAAUGCGGUAGUGAUGUAUAAGGUAUGAAAGAUGUGGCCUGCAGAGAGCCGGCACUAUCUCUAUUGCUGCUGCUGCUGCUGCUGCUGCCACCGCUGCCUUUGCUGCCGCCACUACUGCCGCCACUAGAGCUGCCGGGAGUGAGCCUCCCUUCUUCCAGAUACCCAGCUCCGUUGCAUCUCCCGCUCCCUGGCCCUGCACGGACCUUCCUGCCCCAGGGAACAAAAGCAGAGUCCGGUCGCCCUGUUCUGCAGCCAGAGGAUGAUGAGUCGAGAGGGCUGAGCAGAGUGUGGUCUUCAGCGGCUGGAAGCUGCUCCCUGCCCUUUCUCCAUGAGUCCUGACUCGUGGCCCUGGCAAUCUCAGAAGAGCUUCACUGAAUUCCCUUCUGACCAGAACCUGGGAACUCGCUUGCCCCAGCAUCACCCCUGUGCAGCCUGGACACACUGACUGAACCAACUUUUAGGACACUUCAUUCAGUAAAACAUGGUGGUGAACCAAGGCUCUUAGUCUUCAUGAUUGAAGGACUUUUACACAAGGCAAAGGAGCACACUUGGGAAGCACUGAACUCUUUGGCAUUGAAGGUGUGACAACAAAAGCCAGAUGUCACUCGUGAGACACGCUCUGGGGCUAAGACCUAAAGACUAAGGACCUGAAACAUUUCACUCCACCAGAGUGAAUGACAUGCACGGCGUGGGGUGUCCUUUCUGAAGGGAGGAGCCUUUCUCUUGGAGAGGAUCCUCGAUGAGCCUGGCCGAGGCCCGGGGUCUGUGUGAAGAGGACUAAGGAUUAAGUAGGAUGUCAACUGAGACAGAACUUCAAGUAGCUGUGAAAACCAGCACCAAGAAAGACUCCAGGAAGAAAGGUCAGGAUCGCAGCGAAGCCACUUUGAUAAAGAGGUUUAAAGGCGAAGGGGUCCGGUACAAAGCCAAGCUGAUUGGGAUUGAUGAAGUGUCCGCAGCUCGGGGAGACAAGUUAUGUCAAGAUUCCAUGAUGAAGCUCAAGGGUGUUGUUGCUGGCGCUCGUUCCAAGGGAGAACACAAACAGAAAAUCUUUUUAACCAUCUCCUUUGGAGGAAUCAAAAUCUUUGAUGAGAAGACCGGGGCCCUUCAGCAUCACCAUGCUGUUCAUGAAAUUUCCUACAUUGCGAAGGACAUCACAGAUCACCGGGCUUUUGGAUACGUUUGCGGGAAGGAAGGGAAUCACAGAUUUGUGGCCAUCAAAACAGCCCAGGCAGCUGAACCUGUUAUCCUGGACUUGAGAGAUCUCUUUCAACUCAUCUAUGAGCUGAAGCAAAGAGAAGAACUGGAAAAAAAGGCACAAAAGGAUAAGCAGUGUGAACAAGCCGUGUACCAGACCAUUUUGGAAGAGGAUGUUGAAGAUCCCGUGUACCAGUACAUUGUGUUUGAGGCCGGACAUGAGCCAAUCCGUGAUCCUGAAACAGAAGAGAACAUUUACCAGGUUCCCACCAGCCAAAAGAAGGAAGGUGUUUAUGAUGUGCCAAAAAGUCAACCUGUAAGUAAUAGCCAGCCGCUGGAGGAUUUCGACGCGCGCUUUGCCGCAGCCACGCCGAACGGGAACCUGUCAAUGGACUUUGAUGAGCUUCUCGAGGCAACCAAGGCUGUGACCCAAUUAGAACUUUUUGGAGACAUGUCCACCCCUCCUGAUAUAACCUCCCCCCCUACUCCUGCGACCCCAGGUGAUGCCUUUCUCCCGUCGUCAUCCCAGACGCUUCCGGGGAGUGCAGAUGUGUUUGGCUCUAUGUCUUUUGGCACUGCUGCCGUACCCUCAGGUUAUGUCGCUAUGGGCGCCGUCCUCCCAUCCUUCUGGGGCCAGCAGCCCCUUGUUCAACAGCAGAUCGCCAUGGGUGCUCAGCCACCCGUCGCUCAGGUGAUACCAGGAGCUCAGCCCAUCGCAUGGGGCCAGCCAGGUCUCUUUCCUGCCACCCAGCAACCCUGGCCAACCGUGGCCGGGCAGUUCCCGCCAGCCGCCUUCAUGCCCACACAAACUGUUAUGCCUUUACCAGCCGCCAUGUUCCAAGGUCCCCUCACCCCCCUUGCAACCGUCCCAGGCACGAAUGACUCUGCCAGGUCAAGUCCACAGAGUGACAAGCCCAGGCAGAAAAUGGGGAAGGAAAUGUUUAAGGAUUUCCAGAUGGUCCAGCCUCCACCCGUACCUUCCCGAAAGCCUGACCAGCCCUCCCUGACCUGUACCUCAGAGGCCUUCUCCAGUUACUUCAACAAAGUCGGGGUGGCACAGGAUACAGAUGACUGUGAUGACUUUGACAUCUCCCAAUUGAACUUGACCCCUGUGACUUCUACCACACCAUCUACCAACUCACCUCCAACCCCAGCCCCUAGGCAGAGCUCUCCAUCCAAAUCAUCAGCAUCCCACGCCAGUGAUCCGACCACAGAUGACAUCUUUGAGGAAGGCUUUGAAAGUCCCAGCAAGAGUGAAGAACAAGAAGCUCCUGAUGGAUCACAGGCCUCCUCCACCAGUGAUCCAUUUGGGGAGCCCAGUGGUGAGCCCAGUGGUGAUAAUAUAAGUCCACAAGACGGUAGCUAGAUAGCGCAGGUCUGGGAGCCAGAGCCUCUCUAUGCGCAAAUCAACAGACCUAAGAAAUAGCAUCAAUGCGAGCUCCUGGUGGGUGCUUCACGAAUGGCCUGGGAAUCUGCAGUACGACAGGCUCUCUUGGGCUCUCACCUCACCUCAUCCCACAGAAAAACUCACAGUCGCCCAGUGAAACCACCUGAAGAGGGAACAAAGUGGUUUUUUGGCCACCAAUGGCAGAUACCUAUGGCAGCACAAAAACAAAACACAACACAACAACAACCCACAAAAGUACUUUAAAAAAAAAAAAAAACCUGAACAAACAGAACCCAACAUUAAUCACCAGUCAAGCCCACUCUUAACCAACAAACACCUUGAGCUCUCUCAGCCGGGUCUAAGACGCCCCUGGAUUUGAAACCGUUACUGUGUUUUCCUUUUGCUGCCUGUUGGCCACCGUAGAGACCACAGAUUGGGAGUGGCAGGCGUCAGAGACUUGCGACGAGGUUGGCACUGACUUGUUUGAGGCCAAAGCAAGAAAUCCUUUGUGACCACAGUGUCAUCCAUAUGCCUUCUGGCUGUGGUGACGUGCGUGUGUGGCAUCUCUCCACAGGGCCUGGUCUGCCAUCCUGUCUCCCCUGUCCUUUCUUUGUCCUGUUUGAAAAUUAAUGGGUGUAUAAAUUUUUGUAUUGCUUUUGACUUUUUUAGAAAUGGGUGAAGAAGUCUAAAUGGGGGAGGGAAAGCCUCUUAUGAAGUGAAUUAACUUGAAAUCACAAGGCAAUGAAGUGAUUGGUGAUUCAUUAUGAUCAAGAAUGUUGCCAAAACAACUCUGUAGUUGUCCUCUGUCCUGGUGAAGAAAGAUGGCUUUUGGAUAGAACCUCCAUUCUGGGGGUAGCAAAGGACAUCAAAUCCCAUUGAUGAGAAAGAUGGAAAAUGCAUCCGGUUUCCUCAGAAAUUCUGAACUCUUGAGUACAAUAAAAUGAUGUCUUUAUUUUUCUGAUACUUCGCUGCUGUGAUACUAUGCAGACAAGUGUCUUCUCCAUGCGCCAUUUUCAAAGAAAAGUCAUUUGCCAAAUAAUUCUGGUACAAGUCUGCUAAUGUGGUUUUGGAACUUAAAAACCAACUUUCUAAUGGUAACAUAAAUAUUUCAUGUAACAAACUGAUUCUGUGGUCAAAUGGUUCAUCUCUAUCUCUUUUUGUACAUCAGAAAAUCCAAAUGGGAUUAUUAUUAUUAUUAUUAUUAUUUUUUCUUUAUUUUUUUUUUUACUUUCUAACUUGAAAAGGAAAACCUUACCAUUAAACUCUUUAACUAUUUAAGGGAAAUAGCUUUAAGGAGUUCUAAUGAAAAAAAAAAACACCUUUUUUUGUAAAUAUAAAUGUCAAUAAAGAUGCUUUUUAAUAACGCCAUUACACUGUAGAGAAGGUAGCAGAUGGAGCGUAAGGUGCAAUGGACAUGAUGGACAGAGCUCACUUGCCAGGUGUGUUUCCGGGAAGACUGGUAGGAAGCUAGAGUUCAGAGACAGGCAGGAGUCCUGGGCCAAUAGCAGCUGGUGAACAGGAGGAGGCGGGGCUCCACCGCCAGCUGUUCUGGAGAGUCUUCACCCAAUGGAAGAGAAAGGCUCACUCACGAAAGGUUUGACCUUCAGGUUUGGGAAGUCGCUCACCUCUCCACUCCCACAUACUCAUCCAUAAAUCAUGGGACUGCUUGUACAUGAACCAGAAGGAUAUACUUCCUGAUUUUACACACAUGGGACAAAGUUCUAGUGUUCAUUCCUAUGUUUAGCAUACAGCUUUCAUAAAGAAUCUCUAUAUUUUUACCCUAUAGAGAACUGUUAUACAGGUCACAUGUGUUUUCCUGAUGCUCCUAUGCAGUUACAUGUUAGAUGUAGUGGUUUAAGAAGGAAACCCACAGGAAUCAUGUGAUUGGAUCUGGGAGUAAUUACUCUUUAUAUUAAGUUUUAAAAUUUGAAAAGUCAAACUUUACCUUGAUAUGACUGAUUGAUAUCGGCUGGUAUGCUUUGACUUCUUCCUAUCGAUAGGAACUAAAAUGAUUUUGAAGAUGAAUUGACUCUUCACACAAAAAUCACAAUACAAUGUCAAAAUGAUUGUUGUUAUUUAGAGUCCACAUUUUACACUGGAAUAUAAUUUUCCCAAACAGAUAAAUGAACCAUAUGCCCAUUAGAAAUUACCACCCUACUAUGGAAAUGUUACCCUAUGGUGGAAGGUCC